AUGGGCACUAUAGAUGACAUCUAUGAUAUUUAUGGAUCCCUCGACGAGCUCCAACGCUUCACCGAUGCAGUUGAUCGGUGGGACAUUAAGGCCGUCGAUGACCUUCCUGAGUACAUGAAAUUAUGUUAUUUAGCUAUGUUCAACUUUGGAAAUGAAAUUGCUUACCACGUUCUUCGACACGAUGGCUUGAUCGUCCUAUCUUGCGUCAAGGAAGAGGUGAGAAUGAGAAUAUAG